CCGACCCAACCAUCAGUCUCCUCCCGAACCCCUUCGAUUCUCCCCUUUGCAUCACUUUCUCUUUUCACCACACACACGCACAACCUAGAGGUCCAGACCAUCGGCUAUCAUCGCAGAUCGCUCUUCUUAUUCUAGAUCCGAUUUCUAUAUCUGUCUAUCCUUAUAUCUCCAUAUCUAUCUAUCUAUCUCCGGUUCUAUUGAUACCUCUUGGAUGAUCUUGGGAUUACCUUUCAAUAAUGACGUCAAGUAUGCUAGCUGGAGAGCGGAGGUGGGCCUCUGCAAGAAGAGGUGGUAUGACUGUCUUGGGUAAAGUUGCGGUUCCUAAACCUAUCAAUUUACCUAGCCAAAAGUUAGAGAAUCAUGGUCUGGAUCCAAAUGUGGAAAUUGUUCCCAAGGGUAGUCUUAGCUGGGGCAGUCGGCCAUCUUCAUCUACCUCAAAUCCUUGGGGCUCAUCGGCAGUAUCUCCAAAUGCCGAUGGUAGUUCUGUGUCACCUAGUGGCCGUCCUUCAUCAGGUGGAGGUCUUAGUCGACCAUCUACUGCUGGCAGUGAUAGACACGAGCCUUCCACUACUACAUGGGGUCCAAAUUCUAGACCAUCAUCGGCAUCUGCGGUAUUGACAUCAAACCAAUCAUCACUAACAUCUUCGCGCCCACUCAGUGCAGAGACAAGACCAGGUAGUGCACACUUAUCUCGUUUUGCCGAGCCUGCAUAUGAUACUCCUGCGGCGUGGGGUCCUAAUGGUACUGCUGAUAAGCUGUCAGUACCCUCCAAAGCUAAUGACUUUUCCUUGAGCUCUGGAGAUUUUCCAACAUUGGGUUCAGAGAAAGAUAAUAGUGGGAAGAGCAGUGAACAACAUGAUCACGGUUCUCAUGUACGUCCUGACUCAGGUGCUGGCAGGACUGCGCCCGCCGCUGACAGAAAUGCAAUGGCUCCAGCUGACCACAAGAGUGGAACUGUUGACACUUGGACAAGAGACAGUUCUCAUCAUUUUGAAGAUGGAGUUCGUCCCAGUGCCGACAACUGGCAGCAUGGGGACCCACAACAGUACAUUAAUCCUAAUAUUCCCCCUCAACAUUUUGAUGCCUGGCGUGGUCCACCAAUGAAUGCACCACCUGCUAGUGUUUGGUAUAGAGGACCACCACCUGCAGGUCCACCAUAUCCUCCUGUUCCACGUGGCGGAUAUCCAAUGGAAUCCUACCAUUACUAUCGUCCUCAAAUUUCCCCUAACUUGGCAAAUUCACAAUCUGGUCCUCCACCUGGGCCUGUUCCAAGAGGUCACCAUCCAAGAAAUGGAGAUUUUUACAGGCCGCAGAUGCAUGAACCUUUUAUUCGCCCAGGUAUGCCUAUUAGACCUGGCUUUUACCCUGGUCCAGUGCCUUAUGAUGGCUAUUAUGGUCCUCCGAUGAACUACAAUCCUAAUGAUCGUGAUAUGCAAUUUAUGGGAAUGCCACCUGGGCCACCUGGGCCACCUGGACCACAUGGGCCACAUGGACCACCUGUCUACAACAUGGGCCCUGCUCAAAACCCUCCAGAGCUUCACGAUCUGCACUUCAGAAGUGGUGGGCGCGGAUCAGUCGGAAAUAUGUUUGCUUCAGAAAAAUUGGAUUCUAUUCCACCCGAGGAGUCUCGUGGGCCGUAUAAAGUUCUUAGAAAACAUGAAAUUGGAAGGGAUGCUGAUCUGGAAGGAGAGAGUUGGGAGCAGAACUUAGAAAAGAGUGACCAGACAAGACCAUCACUUCAUAAGAAUGAGCGGGGAACAGAUAUUAGAAAAAAUGAAGACAUGCCUUCAAGAAGAAACUUAGGCCACCAAGGUAAUCUUUCUGACACUCCAAAUUUGCAUUCACUUGAGGGCUCACACAAGUCUAAAGCAUCUAAUGAGAGUUGGGGAAAUAAGUUGUCGUUCCCGGAAGCACCUAAUGAUGUUCCAAUUAACCAAAGAGAUUCAAGCUUAAUACAGAAGAUUGAAGGUCUGAAUGCAAAAGUGCGGGCUUCUGAUUCUAAGGUGGAUGCAGAGCAGAAUAACAGGCAAUUAGUUAGUCCUAAUGACCACCCAAUGAUUGCAUUCGGGACCAUUUCUGACACAGGAGAUCUUAAAUCUACCACUGCCACUGUAUCGUCAUAUUCAAGACAUUUGCAUCAUGGAGUGCGAAGUCGAGCCGAGCAACAUAAUAAAGGAAGAAUAAACAAUCAAGAUACUGAUGGGUGGAGAAAAAGACCUCAAAUUCUAGGUUCAGAGGUUGCUACUUCAGUCUCUGCUGAGGCCGUCGAUAACCCUGAAGCUAUGAAUACUGAUGAAUCUUUAGCUGCACUUGCUGAUCCUGCUGAUGGCCAAGCACAGCGUGCUAGGAUGAGGGAGUUGGCAAAACAGCGUACAAUCCAACUACAGCAGGAAGAGGAAGAAAGAAUAAAAGAGCAGAAAGCAAAGGCUCUUGCAAAAUUGGAAGAGUUGAAUAGGCGUACCCUAGCAGCCGGAGAUGGUUCAAUCCAGAAUGCAGAGAAAAUUCUGACUAGUGCUCCGGGGCAGAAAGAUGUGGAUGGAUUCCAGAAAUCAACUGGACCGGUUAUUGAUUACAGCAAACUUGAGCCACCGAAUCCAGUUUUGGAUGUAAAAGCUCAAGCAGCUGCACAGAUCAGUGAGACAAGUCAACAAGAGCCUGUUGACCAGUCAUCACUUUCGAAUCAAAGUGUUGCCAAUGCAAAUGAUGCUGAAAGCAAAGGUGCUUUGCAUGGUAAUGAUGGUAACUUUCACAGACAGAAGCGUGCUAGUCAUAGACAAAAGCUGAGUGUACAAAGUGUAGAUAGUCUGGCUGACAAGUCAACGAGUGGUACAGGAGAAGCACAUAUAGGUCCUGGAGGUGAAGCUACAAAGGACCAUGCAAGUCAUGCUGUAUCAGGUGAACCUGGACCACAUCAAGAUUACAACUCUAUAUCGGUUGAAUCAACACAGCAGAGAAAAAGAAAUAGCAAGAGUAGCAAGAAUAAACAUAAACUUGAUGAUGCAUCUGCAUCAAGAGAAGGUGGUAUUGCUACUGAAAGCGGAAAGCCAGAAUCUCAAAAUGACUUUAAUUCAAGCACUAUGUUGGUGACUGAUGGCAAGAAUUAUAUGCAAUCUAAUAUGGAGGAAUCCCAUGAUAGAGUAACAAACCAGUAUAAACCUCAGCACCCCAGAAGGAUGCCAAGAAAUCCACAAGCUAAUAGGACAACUGAGAGAUUCCAUGUUGGUGAUGUUGCUGUGUGGGCCCCUGUGCGGGCCCCCAAAGAAGAGCGCGGAGAUGAUUACAGUCAGAAAGAAUUGCAGGAUGAAGCGUCUUUGCCUGCAAAGAGUAUUAACUCGGGCCAGACUAAUCUGAAAAGCAAAAGGGCAGAAAUGGAAAGAUAUGUACCCAAGCCAGUGGCUAAAGAGCUGGCUCAUCAUGGAAGCAUUAACCAAUCAGCAUUGCCGUCUUCACCUGGGAAAACUACAUUAGAAGAUAUGCCAGAUAAAGAAGACUUGGGUUCUCAACCAGAAAUCCCUGUAUCUGUGAGUGUGGGGACUACUGUGGAGUCUAAGAGUGGGGACAAUAAGCAAAAUAAACAGGCGAAACCCCAUGGAUGGAAGCAACGUGGACCGACUGAUGUGCAUCGUGAUCAUGGUUUUCAACAGGAUUCAAAGAAAAAUGAUCACAAAUCUAAGACCCAUGAAGUCCCGAUCCCUGUUUCAACUGAAACUAAUGUUUCACAUGAAUGGGACCCAUCUGAUGGCUGGUUCAUGCCAGAUGAAUAUCCACCGAAUGAAGCUAUACCCGUCGCAUCUUCUGUUAAGGAUGAAGGCGGAGUCACGGGUAAAGGAAAAAGACCAGCUUACAAGGGUCAGAAGAGCACAAUGAAAAGUCACAAUGUCGAUCACAAGGAUGUCGGUGGUGCAGAAGUGGAGAUAGAACAAACAGACAGGCCUGCUUCUUCCAAAGAAAACCGUUCUUCUCACUGGCAACCCAAACCUCAAGCAUAUAAGAGUGGUUGGUCCAGUGGAGUUCAUAAUGCUAGACCUGAGAUUAAAAAGGUUCGACCUGACGAACCUGCUGCUGACUUCAAGGAUGGCAGAGGAGCACCACAUGAGGGCCAUCAUAAGUAUAGGAGAGAAAGACAACCUGCGUUGUUCAGGCAACAACCCCACUCUUUAAUAGAAGAUGAAAUCCCAAUUGAGCAACAACAUGGUACUACUGGUUUUAGGAAGUUUGGAGGUCAAAAUAACCGUUCUGGUUGUCAAGACGAUAGAAGGAAGCAUAAUCAGCAUAAUGCAAGUAUAAACCGGGAACGGCAGAAACAGAAUUUGCAUUACGAGUACCAGCCAGUCGGAUCCAACAUUAACAGCAGUAAUAAAUCCAACAUUCUCGAUGCACCUGCAGAUGGAUCUGGUAAUGCAGUUCCAAGGUACAAAGAGAGAGUUUCUGGUGCAGGUCAACAAUCCAGACGAGGUGGAGGCAACUUUUAUGGGCGACAAUAAUGAUGGGUUUUUGUAAUUGAAGAGAAUUCCGAGGAGCUUCUUUUAACCUUUUUAUUAGUCAGAAAAUCGAUCCGAGGUGUAAGGCACAUGGAGCUGGGUUGUUUAUAGGGCAAAUGGUAACCAAGGAGAAAUGUUCGGUUUACACGGGAAGUUAAAAUCGAGAAUCUUGGUUGCGGCGGUUGCUUAUGUGCUUAGUGUCUUAAAAGAUGUAAUUGUUCUGAAUGGUGUAAUUCAGUCUAGAUACGAUGUGGAACCUGUGGAUAAUUUGUUGUCGAGAUGAGGCCGUUCUUGUUUGCCCUAUAUUGGUUAAGUGGAAAACUUUGAAUUUGUUUGCCUUAAAUAUUGGUGAUUAGAUAGAA